UAGGAACAACUACAGCUUCUUUUCUCGAAACUUUUUGUGUUGAAUGUUGUUACAAAUAUUGUUAAAAUUUGCUAAAUAAGAAAUUCCACACCUGUACGCAGAUUGAGAACCACAAGCCGAUUCACCAUUAGCAAACGGGUCUACCCUUGGUUGGCAACAGCGAACAUACUUCGGAAUCUUUUCGAUUCCGUAAAAAACGGGAAGCGAGAGAACUAGAACAAGAGUGCGAACAAAAAGUUACGCGACGGCCAGCAUACUGUGGUUUGCGAUAAUAUUCUAACACGGCCGCUGAUUGUGUUUCGUCGUGUAAAAUAGACAAAGUAAUUGUGCGAAACGGAUUGUUAUUCCACCGUGCAAACACGAUCGCUGUAUAUCUUCAUCACUAAAGACCACAUUCUACAGCCCCAAAUAAUCACACAACCAUGAGUGCCGAAGAAAGCACAGAACAGCAAAACACUAUUGCUGAAGUAGCUGAAGAUCAGCAGUCCGAGGAUACCCCUCAGGAACAGCAACAAUCCGUCAGCGAGUUGGAAAAACAAGAGGAAGAGAAAAUGAAAGCUAAAUACGGUGCAAACGUUGGCAUGGGUGGUCCUCGUGGCUUGGGCGGCCAUUCGGCGUUCCUGCAAAAACGUCUCCAGAAAGGUCAGAAGUACUUCGAUUCCGGUGAUUAUCAGAUGGCUAAACAGAAGGGUGGCGGUGUGAAGCAGGUGUUUGCCAACAAAGUUCCAACUGGCGAGGCGAUACCGACACCCGAAACGGUUCCAGUGCGGAAAACCUCCAUUAUUCAGACAUGCAACAAGUUUCAAAGUUAAAAAUUCAGCCGUGUUUCCAGUGAUCACCAGUAUCUAUUGAGGGGGGAGCUGGCGAACUGCCCGCAGAAGAGCACCAUAAUGUAAAGCAUCCCUGUUAUUCAUUUGCUGCCGUCAUCUUUAUGCUUGGUAACGGUCAUUUUUCGAACGAAACGAAUAACCGUCCCUAGGCUAAAUGGAGAAGGGAUUUUGCUAGAGAAACCUUAAAUAUCUAUUCAUUUUGCUACUUGAUUUAUGUAUCGAUUCAUCAAUCUGCUAUAUCCGUAAUGUGUCUCAUUUUAAGACGUAAUGAACCAUUCUAAUUAUUUAAAAAAGGAAGUUAAAUGGCAUAACCGUUAAUGAACCGAACCGACUAAAAUUAUCUUAAUCACAAGAUGUAGUAAUAUUCGUUUGCUUUCUUUAGUCGAGUGAAAAAAUGUAGAUUCCAACGAUUGGCAAGAAAUAGGACUGCGCUUUGUUUUUUUUUCCUUCCUUUCCGUUUUCGUAACGAUUAGCUCCCCCGAUUUGGAUGCGUUAUUGGUAAAUGUAUGUUUAUUAAUUGGUAAUGUACUUCUAAUCCAUAGUGAAUAGUUGAUGGGAAUAUUAUGAUGCAGCAUAACAUGGCAUUAAUACGAUCAGAAUGUUUGCUGAAUGUUCUGACCAACUGUGUAUGUAUGCUUAGGGUGUACUGAGUGUAAGUAAACUGACGAAGGUGAAAUGUCGUGCCAGGAGCCGCUACCAAUCCACCACAGUCCAUUUGUGAGCAACCACCCCAGAGAGAACAAAAAAAUGAUAGCAGCAGAAUGUCGACUGUUCAAAAUGCUAUAUGUAGGAAGAAAAAUGUAUGGGGUAGAUUUGAGUGAUUGGGCCUGGAUUAAAUCUACAACGAUUACAUAUUCAUUGGCGUAGACAUCUUUAAUGAAAAUGCAUUGAGCCGUAGUUUUGCGGAGGGAGGAAGAGAGGGCAAGGAAUAGAUUACAACAUAUGAAUGAUACACACUCACGAAUAAAAACUGAUGGUAGCAGAUAUUUUGUUAAGCAAUCUGACUAUAUCAAUAAAUUGUUAAAGGAGAAAAAUACAAAGGAUAUGUCGGAGGGUAACGAUAACAAAAAUAGAGUAUUUGCAUUCA